AAACAGACUUUCAAUUUAUUUAUUUUCAACUUCACAUUCAUUCCCAGACCUUGGAAUUGACAAGGCUAGUAAGUUACCUAAUAGUUUUUCAUCGCCAUGUAGUAGCCUUGCAUGCAAGGCUAUGAAUCUCUACUUCAACUAAAUUAUUUUGAGGCUAGCUUAGCAUGUCAACCAACUUGACACGCACAUCGACCCCAACGCGUCCUGACAUUUUCCCUACAAUUACUGAAAGUUACGAUAUCAUACUAUCUUCAUAAUUUGAGAUAGACUCUUCCUCCAUUUACUUCGUUCCAUUCGAGAUAUCGAACAUCUGAAAGAUCAUGAACACACUUCCCCCCGAGCUUCUUACUCUGAUUCUUGAGAAGAAUGUCGACAUGUGCCGCUGCGACAAAAAUGGCGUUCUGAAUUUGCGACUAGUAUGCCAAGCGUUCAAUAAGAUUUUGAGGCCCUCAAUCUUCAAGACGAUUCAACUGGAGUUCACGAGAUUCAUUCAAUUUCGGGAUAUUGAUGGCUAUCCAGAUCGAUUGGAGACGCUCCAAAACAUAACUUCAUUGCCAUCCUCCAUCAAUUUAGAUAUGACGGUAGUAAGAGAUCCAGGUAUGCGCCAGUCGCUUCAUCCAGGCAUAUCAUCUUGUGUCAGCAUUGGGCAUCGUAUAUUUCUGAUCUCGUCUUGUCGUGUAUUUCUCAGAAGGCAUUCUCUAGCUAACACAGUCACUAGAUGAAAUCGACCGUCUUAAAGAUGCCUUUGAUAGUAUUGUUACUAGGGUUCCUGAAAUGGCGGACAUGAUUGAGUCUCUUCGAAAUUAUUGCCUUCACGUAGAUACGUUUACAGAGGAGGAUUACGGUCGUCUCAUUCGCAGAGUCUUCCAUAGUGGUCCACAGAUAACCCGACUUAAGCUCAGCCUACCAUUCCAAGUCGUCGGCAGUGCUUCCAUGACAACUACAAGAUUAUUGGCCCACACUCUAGCAUGUGCGGCAAAUCGCCCCGAGGAACACUUAAAAAUUGAUACAAUGGUCUUGGAUCAUGUCAGUGACAAAACGAUUAACAACAUAUUCAAUGUACCCAUUGAUGUCGAAAAUGCCUUUAAGACAUUCGAAAAUCUGAAAAGUCUAGUGAUAUCUUUCAAGAGGCAGGAGGAUGAAGUAGGAAUGCAAGCGAUUUUUGCUAGGAACAUUUGGUUGUUAAUUCGAAAAGCGCAGGAUUUGGAAAGCUUAUGUUUGAUCGGGUCGAAUGUUGCGAGGAAAAAAAGUAGAAGAAACUCCAACCGCGUGGACUUUAUGGAAUGGUCUAUGCAGUUCCCUUUCUAUUAUCCCAGCACAGGGCCUGUCCUCAAUAACUUGAGAUUUUUGGAAUUAAAGCGGUUGGAUAUAGACCCUGACCUGCUGUUCAUUUUGAUCAAGGAGAAUUGCCGUUCCUUAACAGAAUUAUACUUGAUCGAGGUCUCGUUGAAAGUCUUUGGUUCGGUUGAUAAAGGGAAUAUUAGUUUAUGGGUAGGUCAUCCGAAUGUCAACCCGCCUAAGCGUGAGAAAGGCAUAUGGCUUGCUCCAGCUCUACGAGAAAUUGAAGGUCUCAAUCUCAGAAUCCUUCGAGUUAGUGGCCUAAGUUACGAUGACUACGAUCCCGAUCCUGAUUCGGUAAAUCCCAAUUACGACCUUGACGACCCUACUGGGCACAAUCAAUCUCUUGAACAGAGGUUCGUGGAAGCUGUACUUGGUACAAAGGCUCCGCCGACCUUGGACACGCUUCUUUCAGAUACCUCUUUUGACAUCAGGGAUAUCAAUGGGAAGGCACUUGAUGUUAGAAACGACCCGGACACUUACGAUGCUAAUACCUAUCAAGUGAAUCACAACACAACAUCAAUUUAUAAAAGAUCUAUCGAUGGUGUCUUUUACAAUCAUACUGAAGGGGCAUUGAGAGAAUUGCAAAAGAUAAUUGACGUGGCGGACAGAGGCAUGUUACUAAUCUCCAGAGAUAUUGAAAGAAGUCAAGGCCUGACUGUCGACCAUGGUUCUGGCUCCAUUAUCGACCCCUCAGCUGGCAUAUGAGCACUGCCAAGAGAGAAUGGACUCCUCAUAUAUGGUUAUUUCAUUUUAGAAACCGUAAUUAGCCGAAUAUUGAUAAUACACUUUACAUUUAUCGUACUUGACUAAUUUACGACCUUACUUCUGGGAAGCAAAAUCUACUUGCAAUUUUUUGGGGACCUAUAGCUUCACUCAACAAAUUCUGAACACUGAGAAUAGACUGAUUCGUAGUCUGAGUCUCUUGCUCUCUAUCGCUGGGUUUUCAUCAAGUUAGGUGAUGAAAUGGAGGUGCAGGUUAAAUUGUUACAUUUGACACUUUGAGCGCUCAAUUUGUUCCUCCCGCUCACAAAACCAUUAUGCUACGGAAACUCGCGAUGGAUACCGCAAACGGUAGAAGACACAAGCACCCGGCUGUUGUUUUCCGUGCCUAGUUCUAUUAGUUGAUUUCAUCCUUUUAUACUAUUGGUCAAGUCAAGCAAAUUUACUCGUUGUCUUGCACAAGUUCCAUCACUUUAUCCUCGUGGCAAUACACGGCGAUUUUUCAAAAGUAUUCU